GCUGGUCACACCAAGUUGCGAAAUUGCCGCGUGCGGGUUUGUUUAUAAAUACAAUUGGACCAACUGGCGAAAUUCCCAGUUAAAGUCGUCGUGACAAUCGGCAUAAUAUUAACCUAAUAACUUGUAAGGAUGCCCGUGGUUGAGGGCAGCGAUCUGGUGCAGCUGCAGCGACGCCGUCAGCAAGUGCGCAACAUCUGCAUCCUGGCGCAUGUGGAUCACGGAAAGACGACUCUAGCGGAUUCACUUGUGGCCAGUAAUGGCAUCAUUUCGCAACGGAUGGCGGGCAAGCUGCGGUACCUAGACAACCGGGCGGAUGAACAGGAGCGUGGUAUUACCAUGAAGAGCAGCAGCAUCUCUUUAUACUAUCAGGAAGCGGAGGAAAUGGCUGGUAAUCCGGACUACCUCAUCAAUCUGAUUGAUUCGCCCGGUCACGUGGACUUUUCCAGUGAGGUGUCCACGGCGGUAAGGCUGUGUGAUGGAGCCAUUGUCGUCGUGGAUGUGGUGGAGGGUGUGGGUCCUCAAACUCGAGCCUGCUUAAAGCAAAUCUACGAGGAGCAGCUGAAACCCGUCUUGGUGCUCAACAAACUCGACCGUCUGAUCCUGGAGAAGCAGAUGGAUCCGCUCGAUGCCUAUUUCCAUUUGUGCCAAGUCUUGGAGCAAGUUAACGCUGUUCUAGGCAGCAUUUUUGCUUCCGAUAUUUUAGCCAAGGAGGAUAUUACCAAGAAGGACAACUACGAGUCCGCCUUGGAGGAAGUGGAUGACUCAGAGCUGUAUUUCUCACCCAGCUCCGGCAACGUUAUCUUCUGCUCCGCCUACGAUGGCUGGGCCUUCUCCGUCCGUGACUUUGCCGCCAUGUAUGCCAAGCGUUUGGAGAUGAAUCGCAAGGAUCUGGAGAACGUUCUCUGGGGCGAUUUCUACUACAACUCAAAAAAGAAGGAAGCUUUGCCAGGCGCCCAGGAGAAAGCAAAGAAGCCCAUGUUUGUCCAAUUCGUGCUCGAAAACAUUUGGAGCCUCUACGAUAUUAUUGCCAUUCGGAAGGAUAAAGAUAAGCUGCCCGGAAUUGCAGAGAAACUGGGUCUCAAGCUUGCAGCCCGAGAUUUGCGUCUCACUGAUCCCAAGCUGCAGAUCAAAGCGGUUCUGGGACAAUGGCUGCCCAUUGACAAGAGUGUUCUGCACAUGGUUAUUCAGCAUGUUCCUCCGCCUCACCAAAUCAGCGAUGAGAGGGCACAGAGAUUGCUCUAUCCAGCGAAUGUGGAUUUGAGUUCUCUUCCGCCAGAAACCCUGAAGCUCAAGGAAAGCUUUACGAGCUGCGAUGCGAACAGUUCAAAUGUGAUUGCGUUUGUCUCUAAAAUGACGCCAGUGCACAUCUCCCAUUUGCCACAGAAUCGACCCAAAAGGCUGACCGAUCAGGAGGUUCAGCAGCGCAGGGAUGAAGUGCGUCGUCGGAUAGAAGAAAGGAAGCAACAAAGUGAACAAGCGGAGCUCGAGAAGAUCAGCCAGGGUGUGGAACAGCUGAGUACCCGGGUUGAAGUUCCGGAAAAGGAGGAAUCUAAACCAGAAGAAGGGGAGCAGAAUGAGUUUGUAUUCAUAGCCUUCGCCAGAGUCUUCAGCGGCACAUUGAAACGCGGCAUGGAGCUGUUUAAUCUAUCGCCCAAACACGAUCCUCGUCAGCCAACGCAUCGCAAAGAGGAGGAAGCACCCUACGCAAGUCGUGUGACCAUCGGGGAUCUCUACAUGUUUAUGGGUGGUGAGCUGCAACUGCUGGAUGAAGUGCCCGCAGGAAAUAUAGUGGGAAUCGGUGGUCUUGAAUCGCACAUCGUCAAAACAGCAACCUUGAGCAGCAGCUUGGAUUGCACCUCCUUCAGCGAACUAAGCGUCAUGGCCACUCCUAUUCUCCGCGUGGCCAUCGAACCCGUUCAACCGCAGGACAUGCCCAAACUGGUAAAAGGAUUGAAGCUUCUGAACCAAGCAGACGCCUGUGUUCAGGUUUCCGUGGCUCCUACCGGUGAGCAUGUGAUCACUACAUUGGGUGAGGUCCAUGUGGAGAAAUGUGUGCACGAUCUGGAGCAGAGUUACGCCAAGAUUAAGGUGAAUGUUUCCAAACCUAUUGUUUCCUUUCGGGAAACAAUUGUCCCCGCUGCCACGGUGGAUAUGGUUAAUGAGGCCAUUGUAAAGACGGCGGAGGACAAGGAUGUUAGCAAGAAGAUUGCCGUGCAGCAGACGCUUAACAAACUGGGCACGCUGAAGGUGAUAGCGGUUCCACUGCCUGCAGAAGCUGUGGAAUUGCUGGAAAACCAUUCGGAAUUCCUCAAGGAACUUGCAGCCAUUCCUAGAAAUCAACUGCUAUCAGAGAAAUGGACAGCGCUGCUAGCUUCAAUUAAAGCAAAGCUGAUAGCUGCUCUCCAGGAUCUUCAACUGUUUGGCUUAAGUACCCUAUCGCCCGAGGAGCUGGUGAAUCGAAUCUGGGCUCUAGGUCCUCGCAACUGCGGGACCAACAUUCUACUUAACCUAAGCGACUACGAGCAGCCUGACUUCUGGUCAAGUCACGCCAAGUCGGAUACGGAUAUUCGUUCCAAGACCGAUCCACGAAAGGAUUUCAAUAGUUCGCUGGUGAAUGGCUUCCAAAUAACCUCCGUAGCCGGUCCUUUGUGCGAGGAGCCCAUGCAGGGCGUUUGUUUUGCGGUUCUCGAGUGGUCUAUCCAAUCUGAAGGAGAGGAUUUAAAUUCCCGAGGGCCCUUUUCGGGUCAAGUUUUGACUGCUGCUAAGGAGGUUUGCCGUCAGGCUUUCCAGAAUCAGCCACAACGAUUGGUAACACCCAUGUAUAGCUGCAAUAUUGUGGUCAACGCAGAAAUGUUAGGUAAAAUGUACGCAGUAAUUGGCCGGCGGCACGGCAAAAUCCUCUCCGGCGAUUUGACCCAGGGCAGCGGCAACUUCGCGGUCACCUGUCUGCUGCCGGUGAUCGAGUCGUUCAACUUCGCCCAGGAGAUGCGAAAGCAGACAUCUGGCCUGGCCUGUCCCCAGCUCAUGUUCAGCCACUGGGAGGUGAUUGAUAUCGAUCCCUUCUGGCUGCCGACAACCGAGGAGGAGCUGAUGCACUUCGGCGAGAAGGCGGACUCCGCCAACCGAGCCAAGGUCUACAUGGACAGUGUCCGGCGGAGGAAGGGCCUCUUCGUGGACGAGCAGGUGGUGGAGCACGCGGAGAAGCAGCGCACCCUCUCCAAGAACAAGUGAUGUGGCUGCUGAGCCCUCGGUCUCCGCCUCCACGACAGCCUCCUUUUGGGAAAUAAGUCCGCUCUCCUUUUCGGGAACUUCUGGAACAGCCAGUGAAUUUUUGCCCAAAACAAUGUGAAUGCAACUAAUAGUGAUACACC